AAUCCAGUCUUAUUUUUGCCCUCAAGCUGUGUGCACGUUUUGAAAAAGAUUGUAUAAUGUUUUUCUCGUGAGUAAUUGCAGUGAAAAUAGGAAUUUGUGUGGUACAGAUUUGUUUUUGUGUGUGUUUCUUGCGUAAGGAGUUCGGAUAUAACUAGAUUGUUAAGUCACUGACGACGCAGCAAACAACUCUACGACCGAAAUGAAAAAGAAAAGAAAAGUAAAAAGGACUUAUUGAGGAUAUUAAAAAUAUACUUUAAUACUUAAAAUCAACCAUAAACAAAACAAUCCCAAAGAGUAAUUACCAGAUAGAGACUGGGUGUCGUAUUUUUUUGUAAACUAAGCAAACAUUUAACUAAGGUCGUAAGAUAAACAGGCGAUACGUUUAAAAUAUAAACUCAAAUAAUCGUCUAGACGUGCUUUUCAACUCAUUGGUUUAUUUGUUUAAAGGCUUAAACAAAUCCAACGCCAUAAAGAUUAUGAAUUUGCAUUUCUUUAAAGUUAUUGUGACGUGAAUUUAGGAGCGAAAAGUGACAUUUUGUUUUUUUUUUUACACUGCGCAAUGGCAUGCGCAUUCAGCCAAUUUUGUUUUUCAAAUAGAAGAAUGUGACAUGUGACGUAUUGAAACUGAAGAUUAAGUAGUAGUUGUUUUUGUGAACUGUGAAGUGAUAUUGGUGUCAAAGUGGCAGGGGACGAGCAUCUUGAUAUGCUGGGGGGCUCUGAGUGGGGCCAGCGGGAGGCCAGCCCCCCCAGGGACAAUCCCCUGCCGAGCUUCGGCUUCACACAGGAGCAAGUGGCGUGCGUAUGUGAGGUGUUGCAGCAGGCUGGUAACAUCGAACGGCUGGGCAGGUUCCUCUGGUCUCUGCCAGCCUGUGAGCGUCUCCAUGCUCACGAAUCAGUCCUGAAAGCGAAGGCCAUGGUGGCCUUCCACAGAGGGAACUUCAAAGAAUUGUAUAGGCUGCUAGAAUCCCAUAACUUUAGCGCACAUAACCAUGCUAAGUUACAGAGCUUAUGGUUAAAAGCUCACUAUAUGGAGGCUGAAAGACUGCGAGGUAGACCUCUGGGUGCUGUAGGGAAGUACCGCGUGAGACGCAAGUUCCCGCUGCCCAGAACCAUAUGGGAUGGGGAGGAAACUUCAUAUUGCUUUAAGGAAAAAUCAAGAUCUGUGUUAAGGGACUGGUACCUUCACAAUCCGUAUCCUUCGCCCCGAGAGAAGCGAGAAUUAGCUGAGAGCACAGGUCUUACUACUGUACAGGUAUCUAAUUGGUUUAAGAAUAGAAGACAGCGCGACAGACAAGCGGAGCACAAAGAUAGUGGCGCCCCCGGUGACAAGCAGCUGGACUCGUCAUCGGAUGAUGACAGUGAUGCUCCGCACCCGAGCGCUGCGCACGCGCCGGCGAUAUACCCGCACGCGCUCUACGAACAUCCGCUGGCACACCUCCCGUACCAUCACUCGUGACCAUUAACUUACGACGAAUGGCGGCCCAACACAUAUUAUGUAAGCCAAGUCAAUAGAGAAAAUAAUUUUUAGCAGAGGGAGGCUUCUUAGUAGAGUAUGUCAGUUACAUCGGCGCCUUUUUCUGUGAAAUUACUGGGAUAAUGAGACUUAAGGCCGGACCGCAUUACGUCAAAUAUUAAGUAUAUAGUAAAGCGUCAAAAUAUUAUUUCAAUCAUUUCGGAUUGUGCAUGUCGCACUAGAGCAGUGCUGCACUGUAGGUAGAUAUGCGUCGCGCCAAAGUUGCCUCCGAGAAAUGAUUUGGACGUGCUGCGCCGCGACACGUAGUGCAACGACGUCAGUGCGACACAGCAAGCGGUUAAUUAUUUAGGUUAAUUAAUUGUUAGGUUAUAUGUUUAGAUUUUUGUCUUCGACAUUCUGAAAUUGCGCAGAGUCAUUUAGAAGGCGAAGAAACAAAAAGUUGUAAACUUCUUAUCCAUUUCAUCUGCACACAACAAAGAAAUAAUGACCUCCUUCACUAUCGCUGAUCUUGUAACGUUGCUCGCACGCGUAUGAAUGAACUGAUUAUGGUAUAGAAAUAAACCGAGCUGCUGCUUACUGUAGUUUUAAUGUGAUAGGUGUCGUCGCGCGGAACAUGAAUCGACGCGCCGCGCAGCGCCGUUCUAAUGCGGUCCGACCUUUAACAUCUCAUGUCUCAAAGUGAUGAGCGCAACUGUUAUGCCGUAUAGUGUUCAAUCAAGAAGAUAAUCCUAAAAACCUGUUAAAGUUUAAGAAAGCAAUUCCCACUACUAAGAACCUCAGGCAUAGAAGUGAACAUUGAAAUAAUUAUUUUUUUAUUUUAACUAAAACAUUGAGAAAAUCAGAAUAGCAGGGCUUGGAAAUAAUUUUAAACUAAAGGGUUUUACUAUUGUAUAUACAAUGAAAGAGAGAGAGUAGAUAAUAUUAUAUAACUGGACCUGGGAUUAGCUCUUUUGACAUCAUAGUGGCUAGCUUGUAAUUCAAGAGUUGAUAUGUUUGUUAAUUAAAUGAAAAGUUGUUCUUGUAUGUGGAAACCACCAACGGCCAACCAA